GUUCAGAGAGCACUGCAGAGAAGAGGGAAACCUGUAUACAGUGAAGAGCAUGGAGUUUUAUACAACUCUGCUCCUGGCAGGGCUAAUAGGUCUGAUCUGGUUCUUUUCUGUUAAAAACCAGCAGAGCUACCGUUUACCACCUGGACCAAAUCCACUGCCUCUAAUAGGAAACCUGCCACAAAUAGACAAGAAUGCACCUUUUAAAACCUUUCUGGAGCUCAGUAAGACCUACGGUCCUGUGAUGACCCUCUACCUGGGGUGGCAGCGGGUGGUUGUUCUGGUAGGAUAUGAUACAGUGAAAGAAGCCUUGGUGGACCAGGCAGACGACUUCACAGGCAGAGCGCCUGUGCCAUUUUUGUACAAAGCCACCAAAGGCUUUGGUAUUGGUAUCAGUAACGGGGAACGCUGGCGUCAGCUGCGGCGCUUUACUCUGACAACUUUACGAGAUUUUGGGAUGGGACGUAAAGGGAUGGAGGAGUGGAUCCAGGAGGAAAGCAAACAUCUUAGGGCUCAAAUACGCAAGUACAAAGGUAAACCUUUUGACCCCACGAUCCUUCUUAGUCGCACAGUGUCAAACGUAAUCUGCUGCCUGGUGUUUGGCCAGCGCUUCAGUUAUGAAGACAAGCAGUUUCAGAACCUUCUCAGUUCUAUAUCUAAGUUCAUCAGGUUUAACAGCAGCCCUUCGGGUAUGCUGUACAACAUCUUCCCUUCGGUCAUGGAAAGGCUUCCUGGACCGCAUCAGUCUGUCUUCGCUGGGAUUGAUCAGAUCAGAGAUUUCAUCAAGAUCAAAAUCCAAGAGCAUAAAGAGACGUUGGAUCCCAGCUCACCGAGAGACUUUAUUGACUGCUUCCUUAUCCGGGCUCAUCAGGAGAAAGAUAAUCCAUCUACUGAGUUCCACUAUGAUAACCUGUUAUCUACAGUGCUGAAUUUGUUUGGAGCAGGAACAGAGACCACCAGCUCCACCAUCAGAUAUGCUCUCAGUGUGCUGAUGAAACACAAGGAUAUACAGGAAAAAAUGCAAGAGGAGAUUAACACUGUGAUUGGCAGAGAUCGGUGUCCCAGCAUGGAGGACAGGAAAUCUCUCCCGUUCACAGAUGCCGUCAUUCAUGAGGUUCAGCGUUUUCUGGACAUCGUCCCCUUCAGUCUACCUCAUUACGCCCUAGAGGACAUUUCAUUUAGGGGUUAUGUCAUCCCCAAGGGAACAUCAGUUAUACCUUUCCUGCACUCAGUCCUUAAAGAUGAGAAGCAAUGGGCCACUCCCUUCUCCUUCAAUCCUCAGCACUUUCUAGACCAAAAUGGCAAAUUUCAAAAACUCCCAGCAUUCCUUCCUUUUUCAGCAGGUAAAAGAUCCUGUGUCGGAGAAUCUCUGGCUCGUAUGGAGCUCUUUAUCUUCUUGGUGACGCUCCUGCAGGACUUCAGAUUUUCCUGUCCUGGAGGUCCAGACAGUAUUGACCUCAUUCCAGAAUACAGCACCUUUGCCAAUGUGCCUCGUUCUUAUGAUAUUAUUGCAACACCUCUUUGAAAG